AUGGCGAUAUUCGGCUUUAAAUGUGCUUCCUAAGCGUCCAUGUGUCUACAAAACCCCACAUGUCUUUAGUACAACUGGAUUCACCCAUCUACACCCAUUCACCUCUUACCUUACCUGGCUGUGUGCUGUGCAGACACACCCAGCUACUCCAUGUCAACCAAUCGCAGCCCAGAGACAGAGACACUAAGGAGGUGUAUUUCCUGUGUUUCGUGAGAGAAGAAUGGGACAGGAGAAAGGAGAGAGUUGUGUACUUCUUUUUUUGUGUUUUUGCCAGGGGGGGUCCACUCAGGCGAUCAUCAUAGGGGAGGGAAAGGGACUUCAAUAGUGGAGACUAAAUACUUUAACGUGAUUUAUCUGCCGUCAGUUCCCUGUUCACCUACAGCGACUGAGAGGAGAAGACAGAGAGAAAGGAGGAGGGGAAAGAUAAGUGUCAAUCUGUUCAGACUUGUUUGGGAAUUUGAGGAAGGAGGGGACGUGGGGAGAGACAGAGAGAGAGGCAGCAAGAGGGAAAGUAAGGAGCGAGCAGGCGUAAACAUUAAAUUUCACCACAAGAGUUUACACAUUGUUAGAAAAAAGAACAAGGAAGUUUGGAUUUGGUGGAAAAAGGAGGGCAUUUGAUGUGUCAUGUAGACAAUGUGAUACAGGGGAUGAAUUCUUGUGUGUUGUGCAAUCCCAUGCUUCUGAACUGAACUGAACCAGGGGAAGACUGCAGAUCUCCCCAGGACACUACAUUCAGGUGCUCCAAAAUAUGACACUAUGGGGACCAAAAGGCCCAGCGGCAACCUCUUUGACACAUUAUCUAAAAUAAACACAUCAGACUGCAAGCUCCAGCCAGGUGGAAAAGUCUCCCGGGAUCCAAGUCCCAGACCAGCGAUGACCGCCCAGUCAGACCGAGAUAGAGACCGUGAAGGGGACUGGAAGAGAGAGAGGGACAUGGAGAAAAUGAGAGACAAAGCAAGAUAUAAAGAUGCAGACCCACGGGAUAGAUACUAUGAAAGAGAUCAGGCUCCUGUGCCCAGGCAGAGGGAGAGGGAAGGAGAAAGGGACAGGAGAGAGAGAGAAAGGAGACAAGAUGACGACAUGAGAGGACGCGGGAGGCCACUGUCCAAUCUGGAGAAGGAGUCAGAAAAAGAGGUGGAGAGGGGGAUGAAGAAAGGUGACACAUUUCCAAGAACGAGAAAAAGCAGCCCAGAAGGUGGACGAAGAAUGACGUCCGCCUCUGAGAUGAAGGACAGAGUGGAAAGGAGGCCGAGAGAGAGACCGAAAAGACCAGAAGGAGACAACUGGGAGAGGGCAUGGGAGAGAGAGAGGUACAGAGAGAGGGAAAGAGAGGAUUUCCGAAACAGGGCAAGGGAAGAGGGACGGAGGCCUGUAGAGGGGGACAAACCACGACCAAGGGAGAGAUUUCAAGAGCCGGACGCUGGUUUUCAAGACAGAAGGAGAGAGGGUGAUACAUAUGAGAGAAGAGAAAGGGAUGGAGGUAGAAGAAGAGAAAAGCCAAGGCCUGAUAUGGAAAAGAGAGAUGCUAGGAGGCCUUCUCCAAGUAGAAGAAUGGACAGAGACAUUUACAAUGACAGAAAGGGGAGAGAGACGGCCCAAAAGGAGGGUAAGAGGGAUACCAGGAGUGAAGGAGACAGCGAUGAGAGAGAGCGAAGGAGGGAGAGAGUGAGGGACAGAGAGAGGGAGGAGUUGACAUAUCAACAAAGCCGGAGCGAAGGGGACAAUAAGGGCAGAACGGAGAGGGGCAGAUACGAGGACGAGGACAGAAACAGAUACAGAGACAGAGAGGCGGAUCAGUCAAGGCGGAGGAAGGUGGAGAAAGAGAGGGAGAGGUACAGAGAGACAGAAAAGGAGAGAGAAAGAUGGAUGGAAGACAGAUACAGGGAGUAUGAUCAGAGACGAAGCAGGGACACAAAGGAAAGAGAGGCAGAUCCAGGUAAGAGAAACCGAGCCCAGAACGAUACAGCUCCUAGGCCGCCUCCACGAGCCCAGAGCAGUGGUGAGUGGAGCAGCGACAUGGACAGCAGUGAGGUCAGGCACAGAAGAGGCCGAGACAGUUACGAAGAGAGUGGAAGAGGGGGAGAAGAUGAGAGAAAGUCAGAGAGAAGUCGAGGGGAGGCGACUGAGCAGAGAAGGAUGUGGUUAGAGCCACAGAGGAGUAAGAAUAGUAAGGAAGAACUUGUAGACAGAGAGCGGGAGAGGAGGAUGGAGUGGGAAAAGGAGGGGCAAAGGGCAAAAGAGGAACCAGAUAAGAGGCACAGAGGAAGGGAUGAAUACAGCAGAGAAAAAAAAAGGGAGUCAGAGGGUGUGAGCAUAGACAGAGAGGAGGUGGAAGAAUUCUGGAGAGAAGGAGAUAAAGCAGGGAAGGAACGUCUGUCUGACAGCGAUGGAGGGAUAGAGGGAAGCUGGCGGAGAAGGGAUGCAGAAGGAGAGAAUGUAACUGAUAACACAGAGGAGAGUGACAGAGAGGAAGAGGGUGGCAGCGAUUACUGGCCACGUAGUGAAGGCAGCGAAGAAGGAGGAAGUGAAACAGGGUGGAAGCUAGACAGAGACAGAAUGUUGUCAGGAGAGGACGGGUUUGUGACGGUGUCCAGUGGCGAGGAUGACAGAGAGGAGGAAGAGUUUGAGGACUGUCAGGAAUUCUGGGAAAGUGGACGGUCAUAUGAUGAACACUCACCUGUUGCUUUCAAGGGGGAGGAGAGGGAAGAGACAGACGAUGGAGGGAAAGAGAAGCAGCCGAAGUAUGUCUUCUGUGUGAUUGGGCAAACGCUGCCUCGGACACAAAAGAGGGACAUGUCACCGUCACAAGUUGAUGAGAAAGAGGGAGUGGAAAGACGUGAACCAAGUUUUAAAAGUAGUCAUCGUUUUAGUGAUGACAACACGCAGCAACCUCAGGAUGACCUGGGAAGAUCUGACCGGAUCGCCAGUGAAACAUCCGACAACGGACAAAGAGUGUCAUCAGAGACUGGUGGAGUAACCAAGGGAAAAGUGGAGCAUCCUUAUGAGGAAAUAGGAACAUUUAAAAGAGACUCACAGACUGAAAGACUGCUCAUAGAGUGGAGAGAGAAAAACAAAGGGGAAAACAGAGGGAACGAGAGUAAUUCCCCACUUCCAUCUAAUCCCUACGCUGAUGUUUUCUCCCAAGUGGAUUUUGAGCAAAUUCAACCCAUCUUGGACGGGAUUAAGUCUGGAGCGAUGAGUCCUGAGGAGGUGGAGGCCAUCCGGAUUCGAAUGAGCGGUGCGUGGAGCAUGUCCGAGGAGCCAAAGCGGCAUUCCCAAGCGCCUCACCUUAAAUGGGCCAAAAAUGUGGUGCGAGAGAUCCUGGGACGCUCUGAGGAUCAGGCUUUGGAGGAGCCGAUCGCUGAUGUAAAAGAAGAGGAGGUGGAAGAAGAGAUGUCUGUUUUAAGGUCGGACCAGGAGCACUCAGAACCAGAGCAGGAGGAGGAGGUGGAGGAGGAGCUGUUGGAAGAGGAGGGAUUGAGAGGUAUGCGGCAGAACCGAGCCGACAUGCAUGCUGACCAGUUCUCGGCUAUGCAUGGUGACACAUCUACAUACACUCAUGCUGACACAUUGUUAGACUCAGAGGGGAAGGAGGAUCGCAAAAUGGACAAACAGACUGAAGAAAGGGCAGAUGUAGUGGUGAAAAUUAGCAGAGAGAAAGGGGAUGAAGGUGAGCAAUCAGAAAUGGAUGAAAGAGUACGCAAACAGAAGGAAGUAGAGAUGUAUUUAUCUGUUAGCAACACGCUGUACAAGCCGAACAGCUGCCCCAUUCUUACCUAUGACACAGAGUCUGACCGCCUCUCUCCUAGAGCGGGUGAGGGGCAAGAAGUCGAGGAAAAAAUGGGGGAUAGUGAAGAAGAAAAGCAGGGAGUUGAAACUGAAGAAAGGGGUACAGCUGAUGAGGUGGGACAGACCGGGGAGGGGGUAAUUGUAGCAGACAGGAAAACAAACGGAGGGACGCUGACCAGCAGCUGCAGUUUUCGAGAUUUGGGCCCUGAGGCCCGUUUUCGGAGACGUGGGAUCCGUAAGACCACUGAAAGAAGAAAAGAAGAGCUUGUAGAAGAAGAGGAAGGUGUUGGAAGGGAUCGCAGAACCAGAAUAUUCUCAACAACAGAUGAUGAUGAAGACGAUCGGAGUAAAAGCUGGGGAGAAGUUGAGCUCAGGAAUGUUUUGGACACAAUUGACAGAAGAAAAAGGAACUCAAGGUUUUUCAAUGCUGCCCAGCUCUAUCAGCAGUACAGCGAGGCCGCGCAGAACUUUGAGAUCCUGCGUCAGGCCCGCUCAUCCGAUGUCAUCUCAGUAUGUGAGGACGCCCCGAGGUCCCCCAUUCCCUCACCCCCUCCUGCACGCAGACCCCUACCUCCCCUGCCUACUGUCCGGCACCCACACUCCUUGUCCCACACAGGCUCUGUCACCAGUGCCAAAAGCUUGCCUCUCCCCGAGCCCCCGAGGAGGUCUUCCUCCCCACGUCUCUCCAUCUCUCUCACACAGUCGGCCACAUUGUGGAGGGAGCUGCCGGGUGUUAGAAACAGUACUGAGCUGGAGGAGCUCACAGAAGACCAGAGACGACUACAAGAGGUGAGGUUUGAGAUGGUGACCUCAGAGGCCUCCUACUGCCGGAGUUUAGACAUUGUUGUUGAACACUUUGUCAAGUGCAAACAGCUGGGGGCGCUGUUGACCACUCAGGACAGGAACUGGCUGUUUUCCCGGCUGGCUGAUGUUCGUGCCAUCAGUCACAGCUUUUUAUCAAAGCUGGAGGAGCGGGUGGAAUCAAACAUCAUGCAUUUUACUGUGUGUGACAUUAUUGCUCGCCACUGUCAGCGUUUCAAAAUGGUCUAUGUGCCCUACCUCACCAACCAGUCCUAUCAGGACGCCACCUACCAGAGACUCAUGAAUGAGAACCAAGGGUUCAAGCGGAUUGUGGAGAAACUAGAGAGGAGUCCUGUCUGUCAGAGACUUCCCCUUCGAUCCUUCCUUGUCCUUCCCUUUCAGAGGAUCACAAGAAUAAAGCUGCUGGUUCAAAACAUUGUGAAGAGAACGACUCCUGGUACUCCAGAGGCCACUCAUGCCAUUAAAGCUAUGAAACUUCUAGAGAAGUUGAUUCAGGAAAGUAAUGACAGCAUCACUCAGAUGAAGAGCAUUGAGUCCCUGGUUUCUCUCAGCGCUAAGGUGGACUUUGAGUGCAGGACUCUUCCUCUGAUCAGUCAGUCUCGGAGGCUGGUGCGAGAAGGGCCUGUCACUGAACUGAUGGAUUUCUCUCUGAAGGACACAGAGAGGAGCAUUUACUUGCAUCUUUUCACUGACUACCUGCUAGUUUCAAUACAAAAAGAAGGAGGACGUUUCACUGUGAUUGACCACGCUCCUGUGUCAGAGCUGCGUGCAGAAAACUGUCGCGUUAAACUCCACUCCCUCCAGAAAAACCUGAUCCGGCUUCACAUGUCGAACAAAGCCCUGCUGCUAAGGACUGACACACAGAGUGAUAAGCUACGUUGGAUAUCAGCUCUUUCCAGGCCACAUUCUGAAGUAGAUUUUUCUGCUGCACAAGAUUUUCCUCAGAUGCAGUGCAUUCGAGCCUUUGUUGCCCAGCAGCCUGAUGAGUUGUCUUUGGAAAAAGCUGAUGUCAUUCUGGUGCACCAACAGAGCAGUGAUCAUUGGGUAGAGGGGACCAGACUGUCUGAUCGGCAUCGUGGAUGGGUGCCGGAGUCCCAUUUGGACACAAUAAGCAACUCUAGAGUCCGGCAACGCAACCUGUCAGAUGCUCUAAAACUGACAACAGCCACAGCUGCCAUUUGAUCAGAACACUGAGAAUGGGACUAAACAGAGAUGUGAAUGCAUCAAAAAGGAUAUGACUCUCAUUUUUAUACUCCACACUGCUGGAAAAAAAGAUGAUGAACAUUCAGUGCAUCAAAUGGGAAUACCUGUUGUUGAAUUGUUCACUGGAGAGCAGCAGCUGAAAUGCAGUAAAAAUGCAUCUCACUGCAGCAUUGGGACUGACUUGUUUCACUUGCUGAAACAAUUAAUUGCCAUAGAGCAAUGUGUGAACUGCUGAGGGCUGCCUGAAAGACACUAAGAACUUUGUGACUCUACUUAGUGUGUACUUUAACACAUCAAUUAACUGGUGUUUAAAGAAAUUUAGUUUUAAAAGGGACUUCUCCUCUUCCAAGAAAGGUUGGCAAAUGUAUUAUUAUUUGUGUAUACUGAACAGAAAUGUUUAAAUUUAGUGAAUGGUGCAUGUCUGAUGAAGAGCUGACCAAGAUGCAAAAUAUGCAAGACAUUUUAAGAUGUACAGAUCUUACAAAGUGAGGACAUUUCAGUAAAUUCAGAAUGGUGACAAUAAAAUCCUAUUUUAAAUAUAAACUCCA